AAUCCUUUCAUUAGGGUAUGGAGAUUAGAGACUCCUUGGGACUUCAUUGGUGUCUGUCUCCUCGGGCAGGUGGCUGGCAUCCACAAAAAGGUGGCCUGGACCAUUGGGAUCUCGGUGGAUCCGAGGCGGCGGAACAAGUCCACCGAGUCCCUGCAGGCCAAAGUGCAGCGGCUGAAGGAGUACCACUCCAAGCUCAUACUCUUCCCCAGAAAGCCUUCGGCCCCCAAGAAGGGAGACAGUUCUGCUGAAGAACUCAAAUUGGCCACACAGCUGACCGGACCAGUCAUGCCCAUACGCAAUGUCUAUAAGAAGGAGAAAGCCAGAGUCAUCACGGAGGAGGAGAAGAACUUCAAGGCUUUUGCCAGUCUUCGAAUGGCCCGUGCCAAUGCCUGGCUCUUUGGCAUCUGGGCAAAAAGAGCCAAAGAAGCUGCAGAACAGGAUGUUAAAAAGAAAAAAUAAAGUGCUGUUGGCAAC